GGAGGUUCCGCCGGGAGACUCACAGCGGAGCCGCGACCCAGCGCACUGCUCCCGGACUCAAACCGGCGCCUUACCGCGGGGGGGAUGGAGACGUGAGCCACGGUGGGAGCUCCGCGUCCCGCGCAGGAUGACCGCACGUUGCAUCCAGGACUGAGCCGGACACCAGGACUCGUUCACAUCCACCACCAGAGGACAUGAAGUGACUCAGACAGAAAGAGGAAGGCUUCGUUUAAAAAGGGAUCGGGGUAUGACUGAGCAGCGGAGCGCCGUCUGAGAUGUGAGGACGCUCUGGAGGGACUGGACCGAGGCCUGUGAGGGAGCAGCAGGUGGAGGCAGCAUCAUGGGCACAGCUCUCCUCAGAAACGCUGCAUUCAUCUGGAGCUGCUGAGUUUUCACUCCAACGAUGAUGUGAAACUGAACCUGAAAACCAGCAGAUUCUCUAUUUUCAACGUGCGUGUAUCGAACUGGAAAUGUCCCACGGCCUGCGGUUUCUGAGACACUGAGCGUUUACAGGGUGGAGGAGGAAGAUCACUUCCUGCUUUUUUUGACUGGGAGGUGCAGGACAGGGUCGCUCAGAUGGCCGGGAAGGACUACAACCAUCUCUUCAAGCUGCUGAUCAUCGGAGACUCCAAUGUGGGGAAAAGCAGCCUCCUGCUCCGCUUCGCAGAUAACUCCUUCUCUGGCAGCUACAUCACCACCAUCGGUGUGGACUUUAAGAUCCGGACGGUGGACAUCGAAGGGGAGCGUGUGAAGCUGCAGAUCUGGGACACGGCGGGUCAGGAGAGGUUCAGGACCAUCACCUCCACGUACUACAGAAACACUCACGGCGUGAUCAUCGUGUACGACGUGACCAACCCGGAGUCGUUUGUGAACGUGAAGCGGUGGUUGAAUGAAAUCUCUCAGAACUGCGACACCGUCUGUAAAAUCCUCGUGGGAAACAAGAAUGACGACCCGACCCGGAAGCAGGUGGAUACCCAGGAUGCCGUGCGCUUCGGGGAGUCGGUGGGCGUUCGAGUGUUCGAGACGAGCGCCAAAGAGAACGUGAACGUGGAGGAGAUGUUCAUGGCCUUCACCCGGAUGGUCCUGAGGGCCAAGAAGCAGAGCCAGAACCGGGCGGAGAGGGAGCGCGAGCGCGAGAAGGACACGGUCAACAUCAACGCCCACCGAGACCGCGACCGCCGCAAGAGGGGCAAGAAGUGCUGCUGAGGCCGACGCGGAGGGAGGCGGACGCUUUCAGCCUGCAGCAGGCGCCCCCUGCAGGUAACGGCGGGAUUUACACGCUGCUGGAGCGCACAGAACUUCGGGAACGGAGCCGGUGCGUCGGCUGUGUUCCACUGCCUGUGAGAGGAAACGAGAGGAAGCAAGAGAGACACGCCCACUUCUCACCUCUAUGCCAAAUAUGGGUGUGUCCUCCAUGAAGGGGCGGGGCUAUGGUGGCACGCCUACUCUGACAUCAGAAUCCAUGCUCUGCGCUUACGGACACGCCCACUUAACCACGCCCAGCCGUUGAUGGACAAGUCGGGUACUGAGGUGGGCGUGUCGUCCCGUCAGUUCAUCAUCUCUCUUGUGUUGUUUACUUUUUCAAGUCGUACAAAUCAAACUGAAGUGGGCGUGUCUUACAGCGGCGGGCGUGUCUACGUCAACAUGUCCACUUCAGUACCGCCGUCUCUCAACUUGUUCACUUUGUUUUAAUAAAUUAAAUGAUUUUCACUGACAGAAUGAAUUAUAAACCAAUCAAAGGAAAUAUUAACAAAGGUUUUGUGUGUGUUUAACCAGAUUUCUGCAGGACACGCCCACUUUACCAUCAGACACACCCACAUCAGUCGUUCCCAGUAUCUCAUGUGAGAACUGACUUUGAAAAGGGGGCGUGUCUUCGCUAAGUGGGCGUGGCUCUGGUUACCAACAGGUACCGGCUCAUUGUUAGCUGUAGAGCUAGCUUCAUGCUACAUUCUCUGUGGGUGUGGCUCCUCUGAAGGGGGCGUGUCUUAGGUGAUAUGGGCGUGUCUAGAGUCAACAGGUUUUUCUCACACACUGAAAUAAUCAAGAGGAACUAGAGAUGUUGGUUCUUGUCUAAUGAGAGGCCGUUUUAAUUUCACUUUUAAUUCCUACAGUGUUUUGUUUGUUUUUUUCUUGUGUUUUUUUAAUGAAUUAAAAUGCGUUUAAAAGCAGCCGGAGCCUUUCAGCCCAGCAAAACCUGAGCGUCAGGGCGGUCCUGAACCAGCCAACUGCAGCCACAGUACCGGCUUUAAAAGGGACAAGCAUGCACAUCCUGCACUGUCUUAGAGGGACGGACGACGGGCUUUAAAACUCCCGUCUUCCUGCUCUGAUGUGCGAGGGACCAAAGCCCCCUGAGGAACGGUGGAAACGUGCUGGUGUGACGCUUUACCCGGGCUCCAGAGUCUGAAUCUCUCGCUUCUGUCUUAAUGUAAACCCAGUAUUUAACCACUGAGAGGGAACGAAAGGGGAACUUUAACGUGUGUGUGUGUGUGUGUGUGUGUGUGUGUGUGUGUGUGUGUGUCUGUGGGCCGCUGAGCAGAGACUUUUAAAGAGUGUUUAAAACACAAGCCCAAAGUCCUUCAGUGUCUGUUUCCUUCAUUGUGUCCAAAUAAAGCAAUAAAU